CCCAAAGAUUUCACCUAGAAAUAUUAAUGUACACAUAAAAUGGUAGGAGAAAAAUAAAUCUCCUCUCGCCUGAAUUGUAGUUUACAGUCAAGAAUCAGCACUAGCCAUGGCAGGUGCCGUGGCUGCUCCUUCUCCAUUUCUUGGCCAAGCCCCACUUCACUUUAAUAAAACAUCAUUUGAAAGAUGUACCCUGAGUUCUGUUCUUCAACUUAGGAUAAAAGCCUUAUUUUGGGGACCAAGGAAGGCCGUGGAGCCUGUUAAAGUGGAUCCAUCUAUUGGAGAUUUUAGUUUGAUGGAGUCAGGAUCAAAGGGUGGUACGACAAAUUUAGGCGAAGCUAAAAAACUAUCAGUUUCAGUGGUUUCUUCUAUAUCUGAGGUUUCGUCUGAUGAAUGGGAUUCUUGCAGUCGUGAUGCAACAGGUUCAGAGCAAUUUAAUCCAUUUCUUAGCCACGGUUUUCUUUCAAGCCUAGAGGAAACAGGUUGUGCAGUGAAGGAGACAGGAUGGGUUCCACAGCAUAUAAUUGCUCGGGACGAAUGCAAAAAUGUUCUAGGAGUGGUUCCUCUCUAUCUGAAAAGCCACUCUUAUGGGGAAUUUGUAUUUGAUCAUUCAUGGGCAGACGCCUAUUACAGUUAUGGUUCAAGAUAUUACCCAAAACUACAAUGCUGCGUACCUUUCACUCCAGUUACCGGCCAGAGGAUCUUAGUCCGUAAUACCGCGUAUAGAGAUCAGAUCUUUGACAUUUUGGUCUCUGCAUUGAUGGCAUUGACAGUCAAGUUUCAGGUUUCAUCACUGCACAUCACUUUCCCUUCUGCAAAUGAGUGGGACAAGUUGAAGGAGAAAGGUUUUCUACAGAGGAUUGGAAUGCAGUAUCACUGGAAAAAUCGAAACUAUAAAAGUUUUGAUGAGUUUUUGAUGGACAUGAAGCAAAGUAAAAGGAAAAAUAUUCGUCAAGAGCGUAAGAAGAUAUCGGCCCAGAAUUUAACCAUGAAGCGUCUAAGAGGAUGUGAAAUUAAGGCUAGGCACUGGGAUACCUUCUAUGAGUUCUACAGGAACACCACAGAUAAUAAGUGGGGUAGUGCUUAUUUAACAAGAGACUUCUUCCACAAUAUGGCUUCAAAAAUGGGCGACAAUGUACUACUUGUUGCUGCUGAAGAAGGGGAAGAACUUGUUGCAGCAGCCCUUAAUCUUAUUGGAGGAGAUACGUUAUAUGGGAGAUUAUGGGGAUGUCACCCAGGUGUAUAUUAUCCAAAUUUGCAUUUUGAAGCCUGCUAUUAUCAGGCAAUAGAAGCAGCUAUUGAACUUAAUCUUGACAAGGUAGAGGCUGGAGCUCAAGGUGAACAUAAAAUUCAGAGGGGUUAUCUGCCAGUGACAACCUACAGCUGUCACUACUUUCUGGAUGCAGAGUUUCGUAAAGUCAUUGCAGAUUUCUUGGCUCGGGAAGCAGCUCAGAUUAAACUUGUAAUGAAAUUACUGCAUGAUUCUGGACCGUUCAAGGACAACGUUUCAAGUGUUGAAGCAUGAGAUCUUCGUGGGCUGAAGAAUAUAGAACACUCGUCAUGGUAGCUGCUUCUUAGAAUGGGGGCAAUCUUCAGAUAUGAGGUGGUGAUAGCUACAUUGUGCAAGACAUGUUUGGUUGAAGCGAAAAUAGUAAAGAAAAAGAAGUUGGAACGGUUGCCUGUUGUAUUUUCCAGUCACAUUUAGCACUGGAUACCAAACAUGUUUAGAUAUAUGUAUGUGGUAAUGUGACAUCUUCUACCCUUGCAUUCCACGGAUUUGUAAAUAAUUAUGUAAAAACUGUAUGUAUGUAAACUGAAAUAACCAUUCUCCAUUUGGGAAAUCCAAGUGCUCAUGUUUAAUGUCAUAA